ACACCGUCCACCGGCACGUCCACCGGCUCCCAUGGCGCUCCACGCCGUCUCCUCCGCGGCGGUCUCCUCCCCGUUGCGCGCCCUCUCACGCAGCCUCCCCCAGCGCCCAGGCUGUGGUUGUUUACCAAAGCAGUCCGUCAUGAUUUACUCCACAAAAUUUGCAAGACCUCAGGCUGGACCGGUGGACUUCGCUGGCAGGCCUCUGGUUCUUGGACGCUCGGACAAGAGAGCAGUUUUGAUGCAUGCCACUAUUGAAGAAAUCGAAGCGGAGAAAUCCCUCAUCGAAGACCAAGCUAAAGAAAAGAUGGAGAAGGCAAUCGAAACAGUCCAAGCUAACUUCAACACUGUGAGGACAGGACGUGCAAACCCGGCCAUGCUUGACCGGAUUGAGGUUGAGUACUACGGAACUCCAGUAAACUUGAAGAGCAUUGCACAGAUAAGCACUCCAGAUGCAACUUCUCUUCUUAUUCAACCAUAUGAUAAGUCAAGCCUCAAGCUUAUUGAGAAAACUAUAGUUGCUGCAAAUCUUGGUGUGACACCAAGCAAUGAUGGAGAAGUAAUACGAGUGACUGUCCCACCAUUGACAUCUGAUCGCAGAAAGGAAUUAUCAAAGACAGUAGCUAAAUUAGCUGAAGAUGGCAAGGUUGCUAUAAGGAACAUAAGAAGAGAUGCAAUCAAAGCUUAUGAUAAACUAGAGAAGGAAAAGAAGCUUUCUGAGGACAAUGUGAAAGAUUUAUCAGCUGAUCUACAAAAAGUCACAGAUGAGUACAUGAAAAAGAUCGAAUCCAUCCAGAAGCAGAAGGAACAGGAACUGAUGAAAAUUUAGACCUCAAGCUGACUGUAUGGCUGGUGAGGAGUAACCGCCUCCGUGAAGCAUGGACCCCUGCAUAUGUUGGUGUUUCUGAAGCAAUUUGUUUGGUUCAUGGCUUUGGCGUCUCGGCGCUGCGCCAGGGAUGCACGUUUUGAAUCAGGCGCUUUGCUGGAACUUUUGGGUGCACACAAGUUGAGACUGCUGCUGCUGCUGUGUGUGUGUUUUGAGAUUAAGACAAUGCUGCUGUGUUUUUUCUUUGAGAUUAAGACAAUGCUGUUGCGUGUGUUCUUCUCGUUUUCUGUAAUGUUCGUAAAUAGUCUCUUCGUCGCCGUGUUGUCUGACUGCUACAUUGUCAAUAUUUCAAAACAUACGUCUCUGAA